AUGAAGUUAGUAAAUUUUUUGAAGAAGUUACGUAAUGAACAAGUAACGAUAGAGUUAAAGAACGGCACUACUGUAUGGGGUACAUUACAAUCCGUCUCACCACAAAUGAAUGCCACUCUGACUGAUGUUAGAUUAUCAGUACCAUCUAGUGCUAAUAAAUCACAAGCUGCUAUGUCUAGUGUGUAUCUAUCCGGAGCUACAACAGAGAGGUCGAAGGAUGGAGUAUCUGCAUCAUUACAAUAUAUUAAUGUCCGUGGUAAUACUAUCCGACAAAUUAUCUUACCAGACUCUUUAAAUUUGGAUUCAUUAUUAGUAGAUGAUGCACAAUUGAGUCGUCUAAGGAAGAGUGGACAAGUGGCAGACUCGAGUGCUCGUAAGAGAACUAGAAACUCUGACUCACACACAGCCAAAAGAGCAAGAAGGGGUGUAUGA